AUGGCCGACGACAGCAGCAGCAGCAUCCGAGAGGUGCUCGGGGUCUUGUUCCGGUCGGCGCUUCCAGCGAGCGCGCUUGACGACGACGAGAGCGUGGACGAGGCCCUUGGCCGGCUGCGUCGAGCGCUCCAGGCGCUGCCACAAGAUGCGUCUGUCUUUUGGCACCUCGCGCAUGUGGCGCGGCUCAAAGAGAUGCUGCACGAGCAUAUGGCCGAGGCCAUCGAGACGUACGUCGACGACGCCAUGGCCAAGGACCCCGAGUGGAUGCUCGUGACGCGGACCGCGUCGCCGCUCGAUGCGGUUAUCGAUGCCAUGAUUCUCUCCAAAGGACCCAACGUGCACGUGCUACAGACGCGGCUUCACGACGCCGUCGCCAGUCAAGUGACCGCGAUCUUGAACGAGUUGCGCGAGCAUGGGCCACUGCACGACCGUUUUGCAGCAAGCGCCACCGCCUUUGACACGCGGGUGCACCGAGCCCACGACAACGUCUUGCGGCUCGAUAGCGUUUCCAACGACGAUCCAGACGACGGCGAUAGUAACGUGCUGUGGACCGAUGGGUUUCACGACGACGACGAUUUCGACACCGAGUCGCCGCGGCUCGCCGCCAGCGACUUGUACGUGCUACUGGAUCGCAUGGCGCUGCCGUCGUCCAAGGCGCGGCUCGACGCAUUUGCGCAGCUCUUGGCGGUUCCUGUCGACACGCUCCUCGAGCUCGGCGACGCAUGCGUGGAUGCUGUGACGCGCCGCCUCGUGCCCUUUUGCCUCGACAAGGACGACGCGACGUCGACAAGUGCGAUCACGCGACUUCAUAUGCUCGUCCAAGGCACCGACAUCGCUGCGCAGUGCCGGCUGUACGCUGUGCUGCUCGAGACGCUGCUGCAUAGCACACCUCGCGCAGCUCUCUUUCUUCGCAAGCCAUCGAUCUCGUCGCCGACGCCGUCGCAGUCGCCUCAGCGCGGCCUGCUUCGCGUGCUUCGCUAUGUCCACCACCUUCUCCACGUGCUGCCCAACGAAUGGAUCUAUGCUCCACCCGAC